AUGGAGGAGACACCUGCUGCUACGGAAAAUAACCUGCGUCAGCCCAAGAAAAGAUUUGUGGGCCGACGGACCGCAGAUGCCCAAGCCCAGAAGCAGUCAACGAGCGGAAACGAUGUUGAAUCGACAGCGGUGCAGAAAGCUGCACCUAGACGCACACCUCGUACACUGAAUCAAGUACCCCCAGAAAUCCUGAACGACCCGGAAAUUCAAGCAGCAAUCGAACUUCUUCCCAAGAACUACUCUUUCGAGAUCCCAAAAACCAUCCAUCGAGUACGCUCAUCCGGAGCGAAGCGGGUCGCCCUUCAAUUUCCCGAGGGGCUGUUGAUAUUUGCCACAACUAUCUCGGACAUCCUCACCCAGUUUUGCCCUGGGAUUGAGACCUUGAUCAUGGGAGAUGUCACCUACGGCGCGUGCUGCAUCGACGAUUAUACCGCAAGGGCCCUCGGCUGUGACUUGCUGGUUCACUACGCACAUAGCUGUUUGAUUCCCGUGGAUGUAACCAAGAUCAAGACUCUUUAUAUCUUUGUCGACAUCAGCAUCGACACCGACCACUUGAUCGCCACCCUGGAGCGCAACUUCAAACCAGGUCAGACCAUCGCCACAGUCGGUACAAUCCAAUUUAACGCAACUUUACACGGACUCAAGUCUGUGUUGGAGCGCGCAGGAUUCCGAGUCAUCAUCCCACAGAUCAUGCCUUUGUCAAAAGGUGAAAUCCUUGGCUGCACAUCACCUCAGCUCCCUGAGUCCGAGAUUGAUGUUCUUCUCUACCUUGGCGAUGGCCGCUUCCACCUUGAAUCGGCUAUGAUUCACAACCCUACAAUUCCAGCCUAUCGCUAUGAUCCGUACUCGCGCACACUCACCCGUGAAAAUUACGACCAUGAGGAGAUGCACACCAUUCGACGCGACGCGAUUGCAACUGCUAAGUCUGCUCGCAAGUGGGGUAUUAUUCUGGGCUCACUUGGCCGACAGGGUAAUCCGAACACGAUGGCGAUGAUUGAACGUCAUCUAUCAGAGCGAGGCAUUCCCGUUGUAAAUCUUUUGUUGAGCGAGAUCUUCCCUGGCAAAUUGGCAUCUAUGUCUGAUGUCGAAUGCUGGGUGCAAAUUGCAUGCCCACGCUUGAGUAUUGAUUGGGGAUAUGCUUUCUCGCGUCCAUUGCUGACACCAUACGAGGCGCUCAUUGCCCUGGGGGUACGUGAGAACUGGGAUACUGACAAUAAGGGUAUAUACCCUAUGGAUUUCUAUGCUAAGGACGGACUGGGUCGGACAAAACCGGAUCAAGCGAUUCGUGCGGCGUGA